AUGGCUGACCUGCCAAAGGUCAAAAGGAUCCAUCAGAAGGAGGAGCCGAGCCACAUGGGGCAGCCACAGAACAGCCAGCCUAUCCGGAGGCAGGAGCUCUUUAAACCAGCCAGUCUGUUUGUAGUCUUCACCUCCAGCCUGUUUGUAGUCUUCACCUCCAGCCUGUUUGUAGUCUUCACCUACAGCUUGUUUGUAGUCUUCACCUACAACCUGUUUGUAGUCUUCACCUCCAGCCUGUUUGUAGUCUUCACCUCCAGCCUGUUUGUAGUCUUCGCCUACAGCCUGUUUGUAGUCUUCGCCUACAGUCUGUUUGUAGUCUUUGCCUACAGUCUUUUUGUAGUCUUCGCCUACAGCCUGCUUGUAGUCUUCGCCUACAGCCUCCUGUUUGCAGUCUUCACCUACAGUCUGUUUGUAGUCUUCACCUACAGCCUGUUUGCAGUCUUCACCAACAGCCUGUUUGUAGUCUUCACCUCCAGCCUGUUUGCAGUCUUCACCAACAGCCUGUUUGUAGUCUUCACCUACAUUAUGUUUGUAGUCUAUGCCUACAGCCUGUUUGUAGUCUUUGCUUACAGUCUGUUUGUAAUCUUCGCCUACAGCCUGUUUGUAGUCUUCGCCUACAUAUUCACCUCCAGCCUGUUUGCAGUCUUCACCUACAGCCUGUUUGUAGUAUUCACCUCCAGCCUGUUUGUAGUAUUCACCUUCAGCCUGUUUGUAGUCUUCACCUCCAGCCUGUUUGUAGUCUUCACCAACUGCCUGUUUGUAGUCUUCACCUACAGCCUGUUUGUAGUCUUCACCUACAGCCUGUUUGUAGUCUUCAUAUACAACCUGUUUGUAGUCUUCACAAACAGCCUGUUUGUAGUCUUCACCAACUGCCUGUUUGUAGUCUUCACCUACAGCCUGUUUGUAGUCUUCACCUACAGCCUGUUUGUAGUGUUCGCCUACAGCCUGUUUGUAGUCUUCACCUACAGCCUGUUUGUAGUCUUCGCCUACAGCCUGUUUGUAGUGUUCACCUACAGCCUGUUUUCAUUUCAUAAGACUGAGCUCUCAGAUGAGGUCUGCUGA